AUGGGCCGAUGCAUUUGGGUUCUUCCCAUCUUUGACGGCAGAAUCUUGACCGACACCGCUGCGCUCGUGGGGGAUGGCUUCAGCUCCUCGGUCAAAGCUCUUGGGCUCCUACGAUGGUUCGCCGUGGAAGGAAUCUCGCUGUCUGGGGCGAAUAGCCUCCUGAUCGUCCGCGAGCAAGGCGGGCUGGUUCCUUUCACCUUUUUCCAGCCACCACAAACUCAACCCGCCCCCAAAGAUGGGAUCUCCCAACCCCUCCGACUCAUCGCCCGCCGACGUGGUUGGUACGUCUGUGGAAGACAGAGCAGUCUAUACUCUAUAUGCCCGGCCGUAGAUUUCACUUCCGAGACUGGGUCGGCCUCAAUGCCGCGCCCGCAGAUCUGCGCCUGCGCCCGCGCCCUCCGAAAGCCAUCUUCUGCCGGCCGAAAUGCUGUCGUCCAUCUCCCGCACCUCUCACAGUCACCGUCCACGAUACCGAGGAGAAGGAGGACGUAA